AUGGAGGACCUAGCUGAUUUGGACUGGGGCUCUGCGUCGUCAAAAGCACGGAGCAGUACUCCAUCCUCUACGUACAAUUUCGAUGCCCUGCUUCGCUCAAUGCCGUCCAGCGGGUCCACUGCCACCACGGCUCGGCCCCCGCCACGUCCUGCUGUGACGGCUACGGCGCCGGCCGCCAAAGCCGCCACUACAACUAAGAGAGAGGAGGAGGAGGAUGCUUUUGCUUCGCUUCUUCCCACAUUCGGACAGAAACCUGUCUCAGGUCCGCCUUCCUCACGUCCUCUCGCCUCCUCUUCUAAGGCGCCUACGUCCAGCACAGAUCCAUGGGGCUUUGAUGCGUUCGAGUCGAUCUCAGCGGCCCCCAAGCGUGAGAUCGCUCCCCACACUCAGCGUACGACUACGCACGACGACUUGCUAGCUGAUUUCCAUGGGCCACAGCCAUCUGCAUCCAUGUGGGACGGAGAAGAAACAAGUGAUCUGCUCAGUGGUAUGGCGCCAGCACCGCCUUCGUCGUCGGCCCCACGCGCCAGCGCACCGCGCUCUACGCCAGCAUCCCGAGGAAAUUCGCCACCGCCGCACAUUAUCGGCCAGCUUGUGGAAAUGGGCUAUGCACCACAACAAGCCCGUGAGGCUCUAGCGCAAACCGCGAAUGGGCAGGAUGUAGCUCAAGCGUUGGCGUCCCUGCAAGCGUCUAUGCCUGCGCCGCCGCGUGAACCUUUGUACGAGACGUUACCGGCCCCUGCCCGUCCUUCCACUCAUGCUUCAACAACGGAAGGCCCUAGUGCCUCUUGGCAGAAACAGGCAGAUCAGCUCUAUUCCCAAGCCAGUGUGUUUGGUACACAGAUGCUAAAAAACGCCAAUGCAUUGUGGGGCAAUGCCAAAGCACAGGCACAAAAAGCGAUGGAGGAAGCUCGGAAGGAAAGUACGGAUCCAAGUGCUAUUGGCGUAGCGACCGAGCUGGGACGGCAUGCUCUACGUCGAUGGGGUGGCCAGCCCAAGAAGCCCGUGGAUUUCAAUGCCAAACCACGGUGGAUGGCGGAGGCCGAGCGAUCGUCGUCUUCACCACCGGCAUCCGAGACCCAGGGCACAUCUUCGCAACCUGCCAAGACUGCGCCGCGGGACGUAUCUCUUCUGAGCGACGAUGGUCCGCCCAUGCGCCCAGCGGCUACGCCGCUUCGCCGACCGCCUACGAAGCCCUCAAAAGCAGUGCCAACCGCGCAACCUGUGGUCCGUACACUAUCACCUGACGACGCCGGCGUUGUAACACAUGCCGCACGUCUAAAAGAUCAAGGUAAUGCUCAUUUCCAGCGUGGAUCGUAUGCGGAGGCGGAAGAACACUAUACCAAGGCACUGGAUAUGCUACCCGCACGAUCUCUCUGGCGUAUCCCGCUUUUCAAUAACCGUGCGAAUGUGCGUAUGAAGAAUGGAAACAGCGAUGGUGCGAUUGUGGACUGCACGGCCGUGAUCGAACUGACCGUUUUGCCUCACAUGGCUGAUGGAAUGUACCGUCCCAGUCAAGAUGCGCUUCCGUCGUCGCAUUCAUCGAUCAAUCUUCGUGAAGCGUACGCCAAGAGCCUCUCUCGACGUGCGCGAGCCCAUGAAGUCUCGGAAAAAUGGGCUCUGGCAAAAAAGGACUGGGACUUGUUACAGCAGUACGAACGUUUAGAAGGUAGCGGUGUGAAAAGUGGUGAAACACACCGUCGAGCUGCCAUGGAAGGCGUGGCCCGAUGUGAGCGUAUGCUGAUACCCCGCCCUGCUUCAGCGCCUGCUGCUGCAUCGAAAUCUCGCGCUGUGUCUUCGCGCGCUGCCCAAAAAGCGUCGCAGGAAGGACGGGAGCGUAUGCGGGCGAUUCAUGCAGCGCAACAGGCCGAAGAGGCACAACGUAUGACACACAAAGAUUCAGUCGAUGAGCGUAUUGCCGCGUGGACCAAGGGCAAGGAAAGCAAUGUUCGUGCAUUGCUGGCCUCUGUCGAUGAUCCACGCUUUGAUUUGCUGUGGCCAGAACUGCGGUGGAAAAAAAUCGGCAUGCACGAACUUGUGACGGACGCGCAAGUCAAGCGCGCGUAUACCCGAGCGAUUGCGCGAUUGCAUCCUGACAAACUGCCACCGCAAACGACCUCCGUCGAGCAGCGAAUGCUCGCCGCUGGCGUUUUUCAUGCGUUGAACGAUGCCUUCAAUGGAUCGUAG